CNUCCACAGGUCGAUGCCGGAAGUGCCUCUCCGCCCCUGCUGCUGGACCAUGGAGACCGUGGCCCAGUAGAGACCUUAGUGUGAGGCUUUCAGGGGCGGCGGCCAUGGAGGCCGUGCUGAACGAGCUGGUGUCUGUGGAGGAUCUGAAGAAUUUUGAAAGGAAAUUUCAGUCUGAGCAGGCAGCUGGUUCUGUGUCCAAGAGCACGCAGUUUGAAUAUGCCUGGUGCCUGGUUCGAAGCAAAUACAAUGAGGACAUCCGCAGAGGCAUCGUGCUGCUGGAGGAGCUGUUGCCCAAAGGGAACAAAGAGGAACAGCGGGACUAUGUCUUCUACCUGGCCGUGGGCAACUACCGGCUCAAGGAAUAUGAAAAGGCUCUAAAGUAUGUGCGAGGACUGUUGCAGACUGAGCCCCAGAACAACCAGGCCAAGGAGCUGGAACGCCUGAUUGAUAAGGCCAUGAAGAAAGAUGGACUGGUAGGCAUGGCCAUCGUUGGUGGCAUGGCCCUGGGUGUGGCCGGCCUGGCUGGACUCAUUGGACUGGCUGUCUCCAAGUCCAAAUCCUGAAGGCAGCCUUCACCUGCUCUCUGCCCCGGGACGCCUAGGAGCCUGGGGGACACUGGAAGAGGGGCCUGUCCAUCCUCACCAUCGCCUUCCCUUUUCUCCUGCACCCCUGUAGUCUACCUCUACAGUCUCCAUGACCCCCAGCCUCCUAGCCCCUGCACCUGUCCUUUAACCCUGUCAUGCUUUGCAAUGAGUGUAAAUAAAAUUGGGCCGUGGCUCAGGAA